AUGGACGUAUAUGGCACAGCAGUGACGGCCAUCACCCAGAUCUACCAGGUCACCGUCUUCAUUCAAGGCGUUAUCUCCGACGUUAGGGCCUUUGAUGACGGCCGUGCCGAGAUCCGACUCAAGCUGAAUCUCCAGCUAUCCACUCUUCUCUUCUUCAAACGUACUUUCUUCCAUCCAGAACAUGGGUUGAUGGUCCCAGGAAAGGUGGAGCCUUUUAUCGCCGACACGGUGGAAGGUUUGCUGGUGCAGAUGAGGAAAACACUGGCUGAGUAUGAGAUCGUGGCAGCCAAGUACGGUCUCGUGGAUGAGGAGUACACCAUCGAGUUUGAGAAGCCCAAAGCGCAAGAGUCGUUGGUGGAGCGGGCAAAGAGUAAAGCCAAAAUGCUCAAGCUCAAGGGGUACGACUGGUCGCUCUUUGACAAGAAGAAGCUUAAUCAAAUCCUGGAGGCGUAUACCAAGUGGUCUGAAGAUCUGCGGAACCUCAUGCAGCACAUGUCGCAGGAUAUGCUAGCCAAGCUAGUCGAAGGCAAUCAUCAAGGACUGAAAAGUAGUGGUCUGGAACCGGUCAUGAAUCGGCGUAUACUGGCUGAGGCCAUGGCCCCAGCGGACUACCCAAGGAAAGCCAAUGGGGGGUUCCAACUGGGGAAGUGGUCUUCGGGUGCCGAAGCAACACGAGUAAUUGUCGAGUAUCACGAGUACGAGAGUGAGCUCAAGCGCGACGAUUUAGAGCCAGACGAAGUACAAAAGCUCAAAGAACCCAUUCGUAACCUGGCCUGGCUUCUCCAAAGUACCACCUUCAUCAGCAAAUCACCCGACUCCCUUGAUCAGCCCAGAAUUUAUGCGCUGGAAUGUCUCGGCUUUAUCGAUCAACCGAUCCAGGAACGCAGCGUUUUCCUCUAUAAGCUCCCAGCGUCCGACACAGUAACCGGGCCAUCGCUAACAACCCUACACGCAUUUAUCAAUGCAGUCGACAGCUCAAACAAACGACCACUCAAAAGGCCCACUCUCAACGAUCGUUUCAGUAUGGCACAUAGUCUUGCUCUAACGCUCUGCAAUGUCCACGCCUCAUCAUGGGUCCACAAAAAUAUCUGGAGCAGGGGUAUCCUUCUGUUCGUCGAGACCUCCGAAGACGUCAGCUCUUCGGGCCUCUAUGAGCUUCGCCUUUCCAUACCUAGCCCUGGAAACAGGAUUGUCUCCUACCUAGGCGACUGGGGUUAUGCACGAUCCGUACAACAAGGCACAGACAUGCGCUCCGAUUUUGAAGUUGAGCCUAAUCUCUACCGCCAUCCAAGUCGGCAGGGUCGCCCAACACACCAGUUUAGCCGCCUGCAUGAUAUAUAUGCGCUGGGUGUGGUACUUCUCGAAAUCGGGCUGUGGGUUACGCUGUCACGGUUGAUGGAGGUGAAGAUUCGGGAGGCGGAGAAUAGUGGGCGGCUGCCGAGGCCAAAGAAAGUGGUUGAUGGCUUGAUGGGGUUGGCAGUGCAGGGGCUGCCAAAAGAGAUGGGGGCGGGUUAUAUGCGAGCUGUGCUUUCUUGCCUAAAGGGAGAUUUCAGGAAGACAGAAGGGCUGGCUUUGGCGGUGGAUUUUCAAGAGAAGGUAGUGGAUGUUCUAAAGGCCGGUAUGGAAUUAUAG